CACAGACGCUCGUGCUCUGUGGCUGGAAUCUCUUCUUUCCAGUCUGCUUCAACACAUCGACGUCCCCACUCACUCAUUCCCUGGAUUUUAAGUCUCGUUUCCAGCUUACAACAUCCCCGUGGGCUACCCGACGGCAACCGUUAGUAAGGGUGACGGUGGAGGAUGACGGACAGUCCCAUUCACUUGAGUCUGCUACACAUAGAUGCAGCAGAUUUGAGCGACUCCUCUGAGAUGUUACUGAGCGAUGAAGAUGGGUCAGAGAAAGAAACUACGCUGGUGAAGCAAAGCACCCUCAAACACUACCACAGCUCCACCGCCUGAACCAGCCAUGCCCCUCCUUCCCUCCUGAUCCUCCUUUCGCCCUCCCCUCGGUCAAACCGGAGUCACAGCAUCUCUACGACUUCCUCUAAAGUCAGGAUGGCUACACCAUUUCUGUGGAAGCUGUCAUCCCAGAAGCUGGGCUUCUUCCUGGUCAGCUUCGGGUUCAUCUGGGGCAUGAUGCUGCUGCAUUUCACCAUCCAGCAGCGGGCCAGCCAUGAAAACAGCGCCGUGCUGAGGCAGCAGAUCCUGGACCUUAGCAAGCGCUACAUCAAGGCUCUAGCUGAGGAGAACCAGAGCGUUAUGGACGGGCCCUAUGUCGGUACUAUGACAGCGUACGACUUGAAGAAGACUCUUGCAGUGCUGCUGGAUAACAUCAUGCUGAGACUGGGCAAGCUGGAGUCCAAGGUGGAAAACAUCUACAACGGCACAGGGGGCAAUCUGACAAAUGGCACCAGCACGGCCACACCUAGCGCCACAAACCCUGAAAAAGUUAACGUGGCAGACCUCCUAAACGGAGCGCAGGAAAAGUGCGAGCUGCCGCCUUUGGAUGGUUUUCCUCACUGCGAGGGCAAGCUCAAGUGGAUGAAGGAGAUGUGGCGCUCAGACUCCUGUUACGGCAACUAUGGCGUGGAUGGAUCCACCUGCUCGUUCUUCAUCUACCUCAGCGAGGUGGAGAACUGGUGUCCUCGUCUGCCCUGGAGGACAAAAACUAUGACCCAAGAAACGGACCGGAGAGGACAGGCGGAGAUCCGGACCAGCUUCGACGAGCUUUACCGCGUGAUGUCACAGCGCGAGGAGUUCCGCUGGAUGAUGCUACGGAUCAAACGCAUGGCUGAGCCGUGGGUCAGCGCCAUCCGCUCGCUGGCUGCCAAGCAGAACCUAGGCAGGCGACGGAGGAAGAAGGUCCUGGUGCAUCUGGGCCUGCUAACCAAGGAGUCGGGCUUCAAAAUCGCUGAAAACGCCUUCAGUGGCGGUCCACUGGGAGAGCUGGUCCAAUGGAGUGAUCUCAUAACCACGCUGUACCUGCUGGGCCAUGAUGUUCGCAUCUCAGCUUCCCUGGCUGAGCUUAAAGAGAUCAUGCGCAAGGUCAUGGGGAACAAGUCCAGCUGCCCAACCCAGGGUGACAAAAUAGUGGAGCUCAUCUAUAUCGACAUCGUAGGCCUCACUCAGUUUAAGAAGACUCUGGGUCCUGCCUGGGUCCACUACCAGUGCAUGCUACGGGUGCUGGAUUCAUUUGGAACCGAGCCAGAGUUCAACCACGCUCACUAUGCCCAGUCCAAGGGUCACAAGACGCCCUGGGGGAAGUGGAACCUCAACCCACAGCAGUUCAACACCAUGUUCCCUCACACUCCAGACAACAGUUUCCUAGGCUUUGUUGUGGAGCAGCACCUCAACGCCAGCGACAUCAGGCACAUCGAUGACAUCAAGAGACAGAACCAGUCACUCGUCUACGGGAAGGUUGACAACUUCUGGAAGGACAAGAAGAAAUACCUGGACAUCAUCCACAGCUACAUGGAAGUCCACGGCACCGUACACGGGACCAGCACAGUGCACCUCCCAAGCUACGUCAAGAACCACGGCAUCCUGAGCGGUCGAGACUUGCAGUUCCUCCUCCGGGAAACAAAGUUGUUUGUGGGUCUGUCCUUCCCCUACGAGGGUCCUGCCCCCCUGGAGGCCAUCGCCAAUGGCUGCGCCUUCCUAAACCCCAAAUUUAACCCGCCGAAGAGCAGCAAGAACACGGACUUCUUCAAGGGGAAACCCACGCUGAGAGAGCUGACCUCUCAACAUCCUUACGCCGAGGUGUACAUCGGUCAGCCCCAUGUGUGGACGGUGGAUAUUGAAAACUCAGCAGAGGUGGAGAGGGCCAUCCGCUCCAUCCUCAGCCAGAAGAUUGAGCCCUACCUGCCGUAUGAGUUCACCUGUGAGGGGAUGCUGCAGAGAGUCAACGCCUUCAUUGAGAACCAGGACUUCUGCCACGGUCAGGUGAUGUGGCCUCCGCUCAGCGCUCUGCAGGUGAAGCUGGCCGACCCGGGACGCUCGUGUAAGCAGGUGUGUCAGGAGGAGCAGCUCAUCUGUGAGCCGUCGUUCUUCCAGCACCUCAACAAGGACAAAGACCUGGCCAGGUUCGGCGUGGACUGUCAGACGGUGGAGUCUAGCUCGGACACAGUGGUCCCGGCCUACAGCGAGACUCGCCGCCACUGCAUCUUCCAGUCGGACCUGCUGCUGUUCAGCUGCGCGGGCGCCCACCCGUCGCUGCAGCGCGUCUGCCCCUGCCGCGACUACAUGAAGGGCCAGGUGGCGCUGUGUAAAGACUGCCUAUAGCAGCGACGCGCGGCUGAUGGGAGGAAAAGGCACUGACAGAGACGUGGGCGUGUUUGAUGAAGCAGCUUCUAAAGACGCCAGCCUUCGGGAAUCAUGCAACUGUCAAUCACAGCAGACUGAUAAACAUUCAUGUGACUGUCAUAUUUAUUGUUUUUGUGAAUCAGACCUGCAGCCAGACUGGGGUAUCCCUCUGAUUCACCAGCAGGGGGCGCUGCAGGUCCUGGAAGCAGAAGAACUUUACUUGAAUCAACAAAGGGAGUCGCCUCAGACGAUUGAACUGCAGCUCGGCACAGCAGAGACUGUCGGCCUGUUUGUGUUUCACAAGAGCAGCCAAGGAGACUAAAACUCCACUUCCUGUCAGCUGCCUCGCCCCCCUCCAUUCACCUCCCCUGGUCUUAUCAGAAACUUCCUUCUUUAGGUAGCUUUGCACUGGACUGGCAUGCCUGAAGGCACAAAUCCCCAAACAUGUCCACACAAACAGAGGGGCGUACCUCUGGCGUAAGAAGAACCCAGUUUUACACUGUAACCGUUUCAUUCCUCUCCUCUGGACAGAAGAGCGGACAUGUAACAUAGAAGUUUAGGUUUUUAUUCUGGAAGUUUCAUCACUUCCUGACUCCACCAUCCUUCAUUUAAAGAUAGAAGAACGCCACACAAGCACUCUCUUAAGUUUCCUGUUUCAGUUCAACUCUUGAUGUUAAUCCAGCGCUCUGGAGAGGACAGAGUUUUUUCUUCUUCUACUAAAGGCCAGUAGAGAACCCUUCAUUUCAGCUCGGUACUUCAGCAGAAUCAGGGAGGCCUCUUCUCUGUAGCUAGAGCCGUGGCGUUUAGAGUCGAAGAAUGUCGUGACGUUUCGUAGUAGAGCGUAAACAGUCGUCCAUAGCAGAGGUAACAUCUCGACGCAGCACAGCCUAGGCUGCAGAGACACGUGUAAAAUCUGACAUGUUUAUCCGCCAACUUUUAGAAAGUAGAAAAACAUCCACAUUCAUCUCCAGAUGUCAAUCAUUCAAGCAAACUGUAAACACAUGCCAACA